CUAUAUCUCAUCUGAAUCUCCACUUCAUAUGCCUAAUCUCACUCAAUCAUUUCAAAAUUUUGAAGAUUGUAAGCCAAAGCAAAAAUGGCAGAGAAGAAACAAGAGGCUUACCCUUUCGCACCAUACGCUAAUGGGCAAGCCAUGGCCAGAAGCGAUGCAAAAUCUUCGAGAGCUCAUUCCGAUGAUGAGCUACGCAGAAAGAAGCGCAUCAAAUGUCUAAUCUACAUCGUGGUUUUCGCUGUGUUCCAGAUCAUAGUCAUAACUGUUUUGGCACUCACUGUCAUGCGUGUCAAGAGCCCCAAGUUCCGUAUCCAAGCCAUCACGGUUGAGGAACUCAACACCACGUCCAAUCCCUCGCUUACUAUGAGGUUCAUUGCUGAAGUUUCUGUCAAGAACCCUAAUUUCGGGCGGUACAAGUAUGAUCAGACCUCCAUUAGCUUUAUUUAUAAGGGCACCCAAGUUGGCGAUGCUGUUGUUCCUCAGGAAACGGCUAGGACUAAAGCGACCAGGAAGACGAUCGUGUCCGGGGCUGUGACUACCAUUAAUUCGAACUUGGCCAGUGAUAUAAGUUCAGGGUCUAUGACGCUUAGCACGUACUCGAAGAUAAACGGGAAGGUGUACUUGAUGAACAUGAUCAAGAAGAAGAAGUCAGCUGAGAUGAAAUGCACCAUGAUCGUUAAUUUGACAACUAAACAGGUCCACGAUAUCAAAUGCAAUUAGACUAUCAUUUGCGGGUUAGUACUUGAGAUAAUUGGAUAUAUAUAUAUAUAUAUUCAUUUAUUUGUGUGAUUUGUGAA